AUGAAACGCAGUGCUCACACGGUAAAUUCUUCUUUAACCGAAACUACUAAUAAUCAUUCCCCAAAACGUUCUUGUAUUCAACGAAAUAAACUUUAUGUUGCCAGUAAUACAACAAGUGCUUGUUCAUCAUCAUCAUCAAAUGAUAUGUUAACUAUGGAAGAUCAUAUUCAAUCAUUAAUAUCUAUGGGGUUCAUUGAUAGAGAUAUAAAUCGUAAAGCAUUAAUUAAAGCUAAUAAUGAUAUAAGUGAAGCUGUAACUAUUCUAACUAGUUCAAAUUAUUAUGAUGAUGAUAUUCUUAUACCAACUGAAACAAUGGCAUCAACUUUCAUCGGUCCACUUACUAAAGAACAACUCGAACAACAACAGCAACAAACAGUUCCUUCAAACAAUAAUAAUAAUAAUUCAAAUGGUUCACAGUCUGUAACAUCGGAUGAAUAUUCAAUAAAUAAUUUUAAUUCAUUUACAACUAAUGCUUUUCUUGAUCUUGAAAUAAAAGUUUAUGGUGAGAAUUGGUCAAUACCUUAUAAACGUGAAGAAGCUCUUGGACAAUGUCUUCUAUCAGCAACACAACUUGCUCUUGCCGGCACAGCUGAUCAAGAUAAAAAUUGUGUAAAAUUUAUGGAAGAUUUAAUACCUGAAGCUUUUCGAAAAUUACAAUGUUCUCAUCCUGUGAAUAAUUGGGCAUUUGAAAUUCAAUCAGGUGUAUUCGAGAUGGUUGAAUUAUUAAUUGAUUUAAUUGCAGCACGUUUAUCAUAUUCACCAGUACCUGUUAAAUUACUUGAAACAUUAUCUAUUGUAUUUGAUUAUGAUUCUGUUUUUCAACGAAAAAAUAAAACAAAACCGUAUGAUCGUUCCUUAUAUGAUAAACAAUUAGAUGAUCGUAUACUAGCUAAUCCACCAUCAACAUCAACAUUUUCUGUUUAUAAUCGAAAUGAAACUUAUGGUUGGUUAUGUCAACUAAUAAAUCGUUUCGUAUUAAAAGAUGGUAUUGUAAAUUUAAAAGCACAAUAUCAAAAUGAAAAACCAUUAACAGCUCUUGAAUAUAAUGCUUUACUUUCACCAUUUGUUAAUUGUAUGGAUUAUAUACAUAUUGAUAAAUACCGACAAUUAUUUAGUGAACAUAUUGAACAAGCAUUAGAUUAUAUUAAAAAUUUAAAAGAACAAGAUUUCAAAGCUAAAUCAACAAAUACAAUAUUUGAAUUAUUAUCAACAUUACGUAAAAUAUGUUCAGCUGUAUGGCCUAAUCGUAUUGAACAAAUAGAACAAUUACAUCUUAAUUUAUUACUUAGAAUGAUUGCGUUAUCGAAUUUUAAUGCUAAAAUGAAUUCAUUAAAAGAACUAGCAAAAAUAAUUGAAAAUGCAAUAUCGAAUAUUCCGAGUUUGACUAAAGCAUCUAUUCGACGUGAUGUUAUUAGUGAAUGGAUUAUUGAAAAUUCUAUACUUUCCAAAGCACUUGAAGGAAAUAUUGAUCAAAAUCAAUAUGUUGAAAAAGUUCGAACAUUAAUGGAUUUUAUUGCACCAAAAAUUUCAAAAGAAGAUAUUCAAACUAUAUGGAAAAUGCAGCAUGGACGUUCAUUAGUUGCUGUUGAUCAUUUAUUUACUUUAAUAGCAUCAGCAGCUGCAAAAUUUAAUUUACAACAACUGAAUUAUCUUAUUGAAUUUAUUUGUAAUUCUUGGAAAACAGAAACAAUUCUUAUACAAGAAAAACUUAUUGAAUUACUUGGCACUAUUGGACGAGAAUGUCAAAAAGAUUCUGCUGUUCGUGUUUUAGAAAUUCUUUGGGAUAUGGCACAUUCAAAUCGUCUUAGUCGAUCAAUGCUUGAUCAUAUACUUUAUUAUCAUUUACGUAUAUUUCGUGAAGGUCGUUCACCAUAUGAUACACUUAAACGUGAUUAUUGUCUUAAAUGUAUGUCAGAUUUACAACGUAAACAAGGUUGGCUUGUACCAGCUAUAAAACAUUUAUAUGAUUUAUUACAUCAUGAUUCAACCAAUACAUUUAAACGUACAGAUGAAGAUCUUAUAUCAUUAUUAGUUCAUAAACAUGAUUUAAUAUCAGCAUUAAUACAAAGUUUAUCAACAUGUCAAUUAGAUGUUUGGAAUAAAACACAUGGACAUGUUACAAUUGAUACAUUAGUCGAUGGUCGUUUUACACAUGAAGAAUCAAUUAAAAAUCAUUUAGAUUUAUUAUCAUUUUUAUUAAAAAAAGGAAAUCUUUAUUUAAUAUUAAAACGUAGUGAAGAAUUAUGGGAUACAUUAAUAGCAAAUGAACAUGUGAGUUCAUUUGAUCAUGAACUUGGUUUAAAUUGGUUUAUAACAUGUUCAGAAGACCUUAAUCGAGAAUCUCAAAUAGCAUUAUUUGAAAAACGUGUAUCAAAAUUAAAUCCAAUAAAUUUAACAUCUAAAGGUUAUACAUGUUUUAAAUUAUACUUUGAACGAUGUAAUUCAGAACGAUCCAGUCAAUCGAGAAAUUAUAUGUCAAAUUCAAAUGUAUCUACAUCAGCUUAUAAUGAAGUGUUAGAAUAUCGUGGUGUAGAUGAAUUAUGGAACAUAAUCUUAUGUGUUGGUAAUGAUGAAAUAGCUAAUGAUGCAACACGUUUCUUACUUGAUUUAUAUUAUUUAAAACAACCCAAUCGUACACGUCGUUUAACACCACAAUUACUACAUGAACAUUUUCUUAAAGAAGCUUAUAAACGUUUAAGUUAUUUACUUACUACAGCUAUACCAUCAUCAACAUCAUUAAUAAAAGACAUUGAAGAAUUUUAUAAAUCUUUAAAAACCUAUGGUGAACAAUUGAUAACAACAACAAUAACAUGUCAUCCAUCAACAUCAAUUGAAACUAAUCAUAUAUUAUGGUUACAAAAAAUAGAACGUCUUUUAAUGAUAAUAGAAGAAUAUAUUUAUAUGGUUGAACAUGAACGUUCACCAACAGCACAUAUAACAUCAUUUCAUGGUUUAGAAUAUCAAAUAAAAAUAGUUCUUGGUGAAAUAGGUAAAGCAAAUUGUUCAUAUGAUAUUGUCACUGUUCAUUCAAAUGAUACACUUGAAAUGUUACGUAUAUGUCUUGGAAAAUUUUAUAAAGUACCAUCAUAUGAUAUAAAUAUAUCAAUACCAAAUAUUUGUCGAUUACCAGAAUCAUAUGAUCAUUUAGGCAUAAAUAAUAAUAAUAAUUUUACUGUUGUUCCAUUAUCAUCUUCAUCUAAUAAUCAAUCAAAUCAUAAUGUUCUUAGUUCAUCAUUAAAUUCAAAAUAUCUAUAUCAACUUCAUAUAACACCUGGCACGACAAUCUAUAUAAAAAUUUUAGGUAGUACAUAUAAUCAAUCAAUAAAAUCCAUUAAUAGUGAACCAAUACGUAUUAAAUUAAAUAAUUCAUCUAUGUUAAUAACAACAUCUAAUAAUAACAAUAUGAAUACAAAUGAUAAUAUAACACGUUCAACACCAUCAAAUAUGAUGGCAGAAAAUUCAAAAAUCUAUGAUAUACUUUAUAAAUUAUCAUAUUUAAAUAAUAAUAAUAUUCAUAAACGUAUAAGAAAUCUUCUUUAUUUAAUGCCAUCGGAUAUUCGUAUACAUGAUUAUCUUGAUCUAAUAUCAAUACGAGCAGCAAACAUAUGUACAAUUGAACGACGACAAUCAACAGAAAAUUGUAAUAAUAAUAGCAAUAAUCAAAUCAAUUCUCAACAAGCUAUUGAUUAUGUAUUUGAUAUAAAUCAAUCUAGUCCUGUACAAUUAUUAUAUAAUCUUGAAAUUUUAUCAAGUAAAAUAUUACCUCUAUCAACAAACAAUGGUAUACAACAAAGUUCAAAAUUAUUUCGACAAGAUUUUAUUGAACAAUCAGGUAUUCGAUUUUUAUUUCAAUUACUUAAUUCAUUAAAUAAUUUAAUUUAUGAUGAAUAUCAAUAUUCCUUAUGUCAAGAAAUGACAAGACGUAUUUUACAACUUAUACAAUUAUUUGUUUGUGGUAGUAAACAACAAGAUGAUAUUAUUUCACCAUCAUCAUCACCAUUAUUACAAAUAUCACAAUUAACUGAUGAUAGUAUUAGUGAUGUAAAUGAGGGUGAUUUUCAAGCAACUAUUGAACAUUUACAAUUUGAAGAAUUUGUUGAACAAAUAAAACAAUUAAUAUUUUUAUGUUGGGCAGCUGCAGCUGGAAAUAUUAAAUUACAUAAACAAAAUUUAACUAUAAAAGAACAAGUCAAAUUAGAUCGUUAUGCAUUAUUACAACAAAUAAAUGCAAAUGUUUUUAGUCGUAAUAGUAGUAAAAGUUCUUUAUCAAAUGAAUUAUCAAUAAAUAAUGAUUUACAAAAAACAGUACAAUUUGGUAUAUGUGUAAAAAAAGAUUCAAUUUCAUCAUUGGAUAGUGAAAUAGCAGAGAAAAUUAUUGAAAUUAUUAUAUUUUGCUUUGAAAAAAGACCAGAAUUUAUUGCUACUUUUCUUGUUCAACCAUUUUUUGCUGAUUUUCUUUUGGAAAUAUUAAUUGGUACAACAUCUCGUGAAAUUCGUCAAUGUGCAUUACGUAAUGUAAUUCAUUUAUGUAAAAUUGAAACAUCGACAUGUGAUAUACGUUUAAUAAUUCAUCAGAUAUUAAUAAAAGCUCGUUUACCAUUAUGGCCAUCAUCAUGUGCUGGUACGCGUAAUUCAAAUCAAAAAUUACUUGCACAAUCAACUGAAUAUUUUGAUUUACGUUGUCAAUUAAUGGAAAAUUUAACAAAAGAAAACCAAAAUAUACUUGGUAUUGAUGCUAAAAAAUUAUUAUCAGAUGAAUUAAUAUGGUUAUCAACGUAUACUGUAUCAUUAACAUCAAAUGACUUACGUACAAUUGAUAAUAUAUUAUUUAUGGGUCAUUUAAAAUUUAUUCGUACAUUAUUAACAUGUGAAAAUAUAGAUAAAAAUAAAAUUGGAACUAAAUUUAUUCGUUUACUUAUUGAUCAAUUUUUAUUUCCAGCAUCAAAACAUAUGUCAUUAUCAAUUGUAUCAAGAAAUAAUGAAAAUGAUUUAAAUGAUGAUUCUAUAUUUGAACCAAAAUGUUCAACAAGUGAAAGUCGUCUUGCAGCAUAUGAUGUACUUGUAGAAUUAGUUCGAAAUUGUCAAACAAAUUUAAAAAUUGUUGUCGAUGAUCUUAUUAAUCUUCAUCAUAGACCUAUACUUGAAAAACAAAGUGAAUGGGAAUUUAUGCCACAAGUUAAUCCUCGUGCAUCAUGUGGAUUUGUUGGUCUUUUUAAUGGUGGUGCUACUUGUUACAUGAAUUCUAUUCUUCAACAAUUAUAUAUGCUACCUCAAAUAUCAGAACAUAUAUUAAGUGUAUUGGAUGAUGGUGAACAUAUAAAUGGAGUAAAUAAAACUAGUGAUUCAAGUUUAUUUUAUCAAGUUCAACAAGUUUUUGGCCAUCUAAUGGAAAGUAAAAUGCAAUAUUAUUCACCUGAAUCAUUAUGGAAAGUAUUUCGUUUAUGGGGACAAGAAAUAAAUGUACGUGAACAACAAGAUGCAUUUGAUUUUUUUACAGCAAUGACUGAUCAAAUUGAUGAAUAUUUAAAAAAUAUAAAACAAGAAGAAAUAUUUCAUAAACAAUUUGAAGGAAUUUUUUGUAAUCAAAUGAUAUGUACAAAUGGUUGUAAUCAUCGUUAUGAAGGUGAAGAAAAAUUUAUGGCAUUAAAUGUUGCUGUUAAAGUUGAUUCACUUAAUGAAUCAUUAAAUCAAUUUGUUAAAGGUGAAUUACUUGAUGGAAAUAAUGCUUAUUUUUGUGCUAAAUGUCAAGAAAAACGAACAACAAUUAAACGAUUAUGUAUUAAAAAAUUACCACCAUUAUUAUGUAUACAAAUGAAACGCUUUGGUUUUGAUUGGGAAAAUAAUCGUGCAUUAAAAUUUGAUGAUUAUUUUAAAUUUCCAUUCAUACUCAAUAUGGAACCAUAUACAUUAGAAGGUGUUAAUAAACGUGAAAGUUUUAUUGAACAUGAUGAUUUAGUUACUAAUACAAAUGGAUGUAAUUCAUCAUCAACAACAAUAGGUAAUAAUAAAUCAAUAUCACGUACAACUUCAUCUUUAAGUAAUCCUUCUAAUACAAUGCCAACUAUAAAUUAUGAAUUAGUUGGUAUUGUUAUUCAUUCUGGACAAGCAAAUGCCGGUCAUUAUUAUUCAUUUAUAAAAGAUACACGAUGUCGUUAUUCAAAUAAUACAAAUCAAUGGUAUCGUUUUAAUGAUACAACAGUUGAAGAAAUUCAAUUAACUGAACAAAUGCUUGAAGAAGAAUGUUUUGGUGGAACAUUUCGUGUUCAAAAAGAUAAUAAUAAUAAUACAAAUGAUGAACGUACACGUUUUUGGAGUGCAUAUAUGCUUAUAUAUCAAUGUAUUGAACCAUUAAAAUUACUUCCACCACCACCAUCAAUACCUUCAUCACCAAAUACAAAUCGUUUAACAACACGUAAUACACGUUUAAAUCAUUCAAAUCAACGUGAUUCAUUAUCACAAUUAGCAGAUUUAGUUGUUCAAAGUGAACAUAAUGAUUUAUUUAAAAUAAAAAAACCAUUAAUAUCAUCACGUGUUCUUAAUUGUGUUAAAGAUGAAAAUUUAGAAUUUUUAAAAAAUCGUGAUACUUAUUGUGAUGAUUAUUUUCAAUUUAUAUAUAAAUUAUCAAGUGUAUGUUUAGAUGAAAAUAUACAAUUGAAUAAUAUUGAAUCUAAUAAUAAUAAUAAUAAUAAUUCAUUAUCAUAUGAUCUAUGUACAAAAUUAGCAUUAAAAUUUUUAUUUAAUACAUAUUUACGAACACAUCGUCGUUUACGUAAAGAUAAUUUACAACAAUGGAUUGAAUUAUUAAAAAAUUUAUUUUCAAAAAAUUCUUUAUCAUGUGAUAUUUUUUAUCAAUUAUUAUUUGAAAAAAAUGAUGAUAUUUUAAAAUUAUAUUUACUUGAUUGUCCUAUGGAUGAUAUAAGACAAAUAUUUAAACAAAUAUGUGAACAUGUUUUACAAUCAAGUUAUAUACAUAAUAUUGAAAACUAUAUUGAAUUAUUUAUUGAACAAUUAAUUAUUUUAUUAGAUAAAUCUGUUGUUGAACAAGUUAAACAUUCACAUGUUUAUUUUCAAUUAAUUUAUACAUAUGCAAAUAUGAAUAAUAUAUCUAUUGAAUAUCUAUUAAAAUUAAAUACAUUUAUACGUUUAAUAAAUUUUUUAUUAUGUGAAAAUAUUGAUAAUAGAAGAUGGCAUUGUGAACAAGCAAAAGAAUUUGGUAUUAUACAUGAAAUUCUAUCAAUUUUAGCUUUAUUUUGUUAUUCAAUUGAUGAAAAUAAUCAUAAAAAAUAUAUUGCAAUAAUUAAACAAAUGAAUAUGUAUUAUUUUGGACAAUGGUCAAAUAGAUAUUUAAAAGAAAUAUGUUAUGCUUUUCAAGAAGUAUCAUCAACAAAAUUAAUAUAUACUUUACAAUUAAUAGAAAUCUUAGCAAAAAAUAAUGAAAAAUUUUCUGAACAAUUUAUUCGUAUUAUUUUACAAUCAAUUGUACAAGCUCAUACAAAUGAUUUAAAAUCAUUAUUUAAAUUAUUAAGUAGUAUAUUAUUAAUUGAAGAUUCAUUACAAACAAAACGUCUUCAAUUAGCAUUUGAAGGUAUAAAUGAAUCUUCUAGUACGGAUAAUAAUCAAAAUUUUAAUGGACUUUAUUCACUUAUUCGAACCAGUAUUGAUACAGAACAACGACGAGCUUAUCAAACAGUCAAAUAUCUUAUAACUCUAUCGAAUCAAAGUAAUGCUUGUAAAGAUUAUUUUUCUUCAACUGCUAUUCAAUGGGAAGCAGCUAUUAAUUGGUUAAAACAACAAAUGCAAACAUCAUGGCAAUGGUCACCAGCACAUAAUAUAUCUAAUGAAGACACUGAUAUACGUUCAUUUCAACGUACACGUAGUGCACAAUAUACUUUAGAACAAGCUCAAUCUCUUCUUCAACAAACAACAAUAUUAAAUAAAAAUAUUCAUAAUAAUACAUCGACAAAUGAAAUUAUAGAAUUCAACGAUAUUAAUAAUUAUUCAUCAUCAUCAUCACAAUCAACAUUGGUUGGAGCGGAUUAA